AUUAUAUUCAUUUUAGAACGUGACCGUAAUGCAUGUGAGCUUUGUGCUUGAAUUUCACUCGUGUCAAAAGAUCUUACUUAUAAUACAUAUAAUUUUAUCCGGCAGACAUAAAUUAAUAUUAAGAACUUCUUUUGAUGACUCAAACACUUCCGGAAAGAAGAGUGUGCCAAGGUGUCCACAUAUAAACAAAACCCAGAAAAGUAAGGACCUAAUGUCGACUGUUGCAAAAAAGAUGAUUGAGUCUCGGGUUUUUCAAAUCCAGAGCCAGGCCACAAAUGCCUUUUCCGUGAUGCAAGAGCUGCGCCUGAACCAGCAACUCUGUGAUAUCGUGCUCUGCGUGGGCGGAGCAAAGUUCUCAGCUCACAGAGUUGUUCUGGCGGGGUGCAGCCCGUACCUCCGUGCCAUGUUCACUAACGGCAUGCUGGAGUCAGAGCAAGAGUUUGUGGAGCUUCACGGCAUCGAGGCGGCCACUAUGAGCCUGCUGCUAGACUUCAUGUACACGUGUUGUAUCGAAGUCACCGUGGACAACGUGCAAGCUGUGCUGCAGGGGGCCAGCAUGCUGGGGCUACACGCGCUACGCACCAUGUGUGCUCACUUCCUGCAGAACCAGCUCACAGCCUCCAACUGUCUAGGGAUCCACUACUUCGCCGACGUCUAUUCCUGCACUGAGCUGGAGGCCACGGCGCGGCAGUUCAUCUACCAGAACUUCCUGGAUGUCAUCAGGAUGGAGGAGUUCUUCGAGUUACCGGAGGAUCGCUUGAUCAGCUUGCUCAAAAGUGACAAACUACAGGUGAUGUCGGAGAACCAGGUGUUUGAGGCGGCGUGCUCGUGGCUCCAGUACGACCCGGGCAAGCGUCUGGACCGCGCGUGCGUCGUGCUACAGAACGUGCGUCUGGUGCUGCUGGAGCGGGCCUUCCUGGAGAACGUGGUGCUCAAGUCGGAGUACUUCCGCACCUGCCCCAAGUGCCAGCUGCUCAUCAGCAAGGCCAUGCGCAUCAAGCAGGAGGAGGCGGUGGCGGGCAGCGGGGGGCUGGAGGGUGUCGUCGGGGUCAUGCCCAGAGCCCAGCCCCCGUGCAUCUACGUGAUGGGCGGCCGCAACAGCACGGACAGCCAGCUCAAGAGCACGGAGAGAUACGAUUUCCUGUUGGACCAGUGGAUUCACAUGCCCCCCAUGAAUAUAGCGCGGACCGCUGUGGGUUCUGCCAGUUUGGACGGCGUGCUGUACGCGGUGGGUGGGGAGUGUGCUCUGGCCGACACACAAGAUGACACACUGUAUCUGCACUGUGUGGAGAUGUACGACCCUGUGAGGAAGAAAUGGGAGAGCAAACAGAACAUGAAACUGGCGAGGUCAUUCGUCGCAGUGGCUGCUGUAGGAGGGUACCUGUAUGCUAUAGGAGGAGAGGACAGAGGCGGCAGCUUCAACAUCGUGGAACGCUUCGACCCCAACAGCGAAACCUGGUCUUUUGUCAACUGUAUGAAACGACGUCGGGCCGGCGCCGGGGUCACUGUGUGUGACGGCAAGAUCUAUGUGGCAGGCGGCUAUGAUAAAGGCCCCCACAUGGACCGCGCCAGUAUGGAGGUUUACGACCCUGACUCCGGUGAAUGGACGUUUGCCCCAGAGAUGGAAAAAGCCUGCUCGGGCCUGUCUAUGGUCACUCUAGACCACUACAUCUACGCCUUCGGUGGCCGCUACAGACAUAUAGACCAGUACUUUGACCUAGUUGAAAGAUACAACACGAUAACGAGGCAGUGGGCCACCAUCACCCCGAUGACCACCCCCCGCGCCUGGUUCGGCAUCGCCGUCUUCGACAGUCGCAUCUAUGUCUGUGGGGGCUUCGACGGCAACUCGCGCCUCCGCCAUUGUGAAAUGUACGACCCGGAGACGGACUCGUGGACUGUGAUAAGUGGCAUGAAAAUCGGCCGGGCCGGUUGUGGGGCCACUGUUGUCUAGUCGGCACUUAAUGCGUGCAUGUGUGUGUCUGCACGUGCGCACGUUUGUGUAUGUAUGCAAUUUAUCCAAAGAACUGUGCCUAAAUAUUGGGAGAGUUCUCACAAGCUGAUGAUAUUCUGACGUGUACUGAGAAAAAAAACAUGAAAAGAGGCUGUGCUGCGAGGAACGGAGUGGUUUUUAUGUGUGCAGUUGUGUUUUGCUGUUAUUUCAGCAAUGAAGGGCUGUUGUUUCAGCGAUGAAGGGCUGUUAUUCCAGCGAUGAACGGUUGUUCUUUCAGCGAUGAAGGGCUGUUAUUCCAGCGAUGAACGGUUGUUCUUUCAGCGAUGUUUUGCUGUUAUUCCAUCAAGGAACAGCUGAUGUUUCAAGCAGAACUUCUCGUUCUUUUGUCUGUGAGGAAUUCUCGACUCUCAAGCAUCUCUCGUGAUUUUCCUGAAGCCUUCGUGUCGUGUCGCUGCGGAAGAUCAAACAGAAUCUGGGCUGGCGAGGGAAGUGGCCCAUGACUUCUGCCAGAGGUUUUAAUGGAAUGAAAUAUGUGAAUGUGAGGUGUGCUGACAAAAUCUCGCAAUCCAUGAACAAAGAUAUUGGCCAAAACUCGACACAGGGGUCAGGUUUAUAGAUUUUCAACCGGUUGCCAUUUUCUUUAAGUUAAAAAUUUCUUUGAUCAUGUUAUGCAAAUAGAUUGUACAGAC